GGUAUCCGGUGAGGACUGCAAACGUUAGCAGACCACAAUCGUGUCGGGUCCUACGAGGAUCGGGUUAGCAUGUUGCUUUUUAUAUAUUUAGUGGCUCUAGUCAGUGUUCAUGGACAAGAUUUUGCAUCGUCACUAGUAGACCCGACAUGGCAAGACAUCAUUGCUCAAGGCGGGAUGCACAUCGGUGGCGGACGCGCCAAGCGAUUCAUAGCUAUCGACCAAAACCAGGCUAACGUAGCUCACCAAGAAUGCGUGCUGCCAAACGGUCAGAACGGGCGCUGCCGGCACCUCCGUCACUGCGUCCAGGAUGAGUUCCGAUCUGACUUCAUUAAGUUCAUGGAGUACGUCUGCAUCAUCAACCAUGAGUCUGUUGGAGCAUGUUGCCCCGAAAAGUCUGCGCUCAGCGGAGCCGAGGGGUUGGCAGGCGAUUUACCCGCUACCGCACCAAAAGAGGAAAAGUAUGAGGCAAUCAUGAAAGUCACCAGGGCUGAGACUAGAGGUUGCGGUCUAAGUACUCGCCAGCAGAGCCGCGUGUUGGGAGCCAGGCCGGCCAACCCUCGGGAGUGGCCGUGGAUGGCAUCCGUUACUCCUGAGGGCUUCGAGCAGUACUGCGGCGGAGUACUCAUCACUGACCGUCAUGUGCUUACCGCUGCUCAUUGUACAAGGAGGUGGAAAGCAGAAGAACUCCUAGUCCGAUUAGGCGAAUACGACUUCAGGCGAAGCAACGACUCAAGGACGUACAAUUUCAAGGUGUCCGAAAUUCGUCAGCACGAGGCUUUCGAAAUUGCCAACUACAAGAAUGACAUCGCCAUCUUGAAACUGGACAGGCCAGCCAUCUUCAACACCUAUGUAUGGCCCAUCUGCCUUCCACCACUCAAUCUUCCACUUACCGACGAACCAGCUAUUGUCAUUGGCUGGGGCACUCAAUUCUACGGCGGUCCUCACAGUACGGUGCUCAUGGAGGUGUCAGUUCCGGUGUGGGACCACGACGUGUGUGCUGCGUCCUUCAGCGAGAGCAUCUUCAAUGAUACCAUCUGCGCUGGAGGACGUGAGGGCGGCAAGGAUGCUUGCCAGGGUGACAGCGGUGGACCACUUAUGUACCAAAUGGAGAGCGGCCGAUGGACAGUGAUCGGUGUAGUGUCGUGGGGCUUGCGUUGUGGGGAACCGAACCACCCCGGAAUCUACGCCAGAGUCGACAGAUACCUAGGCUGGAUCGCAAGGAACGCACGUUUCUAAGAGGUACGAAGAAGUACGGGAGGGUUUUGAUACAAAUUUGGAUAAAAUACAAUGAAUAAUUAAAGAAAUUAGCUGUUUUAUUUUCCGGUUCAAGUAUUUUAGGCUGUAGUGUUGUGUGCACCAUGACACAAUGUGGAAGCGAGACAUUAGUUUGCACUGUGCGUUUUACUUUUACAGAAAUACGCACAAAGCAGA